CCUGGAUGAGCCGCUGAAARGUCUUUACCGUCUCAGCGGAUCGAUUCUGUGUAACUCCAAGGAGAAGCGCUGCUGGGAAGUGGCCGAGCACACGGGUGGCACUGUCUCCUCGCCGUUCUGUCGCGAUGUCGCCGCCGUGUCCCCGCGGGGCUCUGUCCCUGCUCCUCCUGUUGCUCCUCCUGCCGCUGCUCUGCGCGGCCCCCGAUGUUUCAAGGGGAAAUAAGCUUAAGCUGAUGCUUCAGAAGCGAGAAGCCUCUGCYGCUGCGAAGCCUGAGGUGUCAGUGAAAGAAACAGUGGCCAAGGAGUUCCUGAGCAGCCUGAGACGCCAGAGGCGGCAGCUGUGGGACAGAAGCCAGCCCGACGUGCAGCAGUGGUACCAGCAGUUCCUGUACCUGGGCUUCGAUGAGCAGAAAUUUGAAGAUGACAUGUCUUACUGGACCAACCUGGGGCGUGCUCGUAAUGAAUACUAUGGUGGAUACUACCAGCACCACUACGAUGAGGAUUCUCCCAUUGGCCCACGGAAUCCACACUCCUUCAGGCACGGAGCAGGCGUCAACUACGACGAUUACUGAUGCCUUCUUUAAUCCCACUAUAGCUGGUGCCUGCAGGGCUGCACUGGGCGAGGCUGAGCCCUCCCGCAGUCAGAACGACCCCGCUUUCCUUCUAUUCAUGUCAAACAGCAAGAGUAAAGGAAGUGCCAGACUUUGAUGAAAGCAACAUGACUUUUGAAAACUAUCUUUUCUUAGUAGUGCACUACAUAUAAAGUGUAAUAGAAAUAAAGCUUUUUUGAUAAAAUAGCAGGCUGCCAUUAUUUAGCAGACUUCAUAACAGCAAGUUUAAUUUCAACUGUGGUACUACAGAUUCCUUUUUAAAGGGCUUUUCCAUUUGCUGUCCUACAAUCAAUUGCAAAAUUACAUUAUAUCAUCUACUUUGGCAUUAAGAAUACAUAAUAUAAGCCAGUACAUUUAAGAUGUGCCUGCCCAUUCACAUUUCUAUUAACUAAUAAAUCCAAUUAUUCUUGGGAGAAAAGAAAAAACGSAUUCCUGUGAGUUGGAGUGCUGUUGUGUUGCCUCCUCUGCUGUUUCCAUACCUACAGCGUGCAGCCCUCCAAGCCUGACACGGCACUUCUGCAGCUCCUGUUGGGUCAAGGACAGAUAUUCACAAAAGCUAAAUWCAGUGCAGAGGAACUUGCCUACCUACAAAGCCUGUGAAAGGAUUCUCCAGGGAACGGGCUCAAGGCAGGAACUUGAAUUCAGCAGUAAUUGCUGAGGCACAGAGCAUCCAACCUGAGCAGCCCCAACCCCUCCCAGGCACGAUAACCCCAAGGUUAUCUUURCUGAAUGCUCCCCUUUGUGUCCAUUCCACUUAGCGUCAAGCUUUCAGYUUAGCUCAAAAUAGGGAAUAAAACAACAAAGUAAGCUAUUUAAAAUUACAUUAGUGCCAGACAGCAUCCAAMACAAUGCCCUGACAUAAUAAUUUCCUGCUGCAAAAUUCCCUCUACCCCCAGUUCAGACUAGAACAUGCCCAUUAGGCCRAGCAUCAAAAUAUAUCAGAGACUGGACAUCUGUUAGCAAAACACAGUGGAUUAAAGGGGGAUUGUUGGUGGCAUCAUAUAUGUUAAGAAUCCCAAAAGACAACCAAUUUUUGUAUCACAGCAACAUCAGCUUAGGAGUGAGAUUUCAGCUGCCAGGGGCUUCAGGAGGAGCUGGGCAGAGGAGAGCACUGCUGGCACUUGACAAAUGUAGAGGACUGGGAAGGGGCAGGUGAGGAAGGCCAGCUACUCCACGACUUCUGGAACUGAAGAAUGAGGAUAAAGAGGGAUGAAAUGUGUUCCAUCAACUGCAGCAGUCAGAGAAGACAGCAUGGAUGCUUUAGCUGUCUCUCAUCUUAAGCCUACAAGAAAUUUCCAAAGCAUGGAUCAUGGUAACACCAUUCUUUACACUUAAUCUCUUUCUUAACUCUGCAUUUCCUAAUCUUCUGCUUAAAGGCCUCACUGUGUGAGGGACUGGUGUCUAGGAGAUGCAGCCCAGCGUUAUCCAGCUCCCUGCAGGAACACUUCCCAGAAGRCAGCUCUUUGCUGAGGGAGCCAARCYGAACAAACAU